CACCCGGUGCUCUGGUUUCGGAAACUAUGAUGGCAUCGCAAAAUUUUACGAUGGAUUAGUAUCUUUUGCAAGUUCGGAAUAUUCGCUUCUCCCGCUGAACCCAGUGCCUCGAGUUUCCUUCCCUGAAGCGCGACCCCGAGCGAGACACGAUGGCGGAGGCGCCCCAGAGAACCAAGUGGCAGAUCCUGCUGGCGGCGCUGAGGAGCAUCUCGGUGGAGCCCGUGAUGCUGCUGGACGGCGUGGCCUACUCCAACAUGGUGGUGCUGGUGGAGAACCUGCAGAUGGACAAGGUGUGUCGCGUGAACCUCAACCACUCGGCCGAGGUCUGCGGCAACCUGUCGGAGCACAAGGCGGUGCGCGACGACAUGACGCGUGAGGUCAGCGUGUUCGCCAUGUACAACGGUAUCAUCACCUCCAUCAUUCCGCUGUUCUUCAUCCUGUUCAUGGGCGCCUGGAGCGACAAGUACGGCCGCAAGACGCCGCUCCUCGUGGCCACGCUGGGCCACCUGCUCUACGCGCUCGGCUACCUCGUCAACUCGGCCGUGGAGGCGUGGCCCGUCGAGUACCUGCUCUUCGUUGCCCUGCUGGACUCGCUGGGCGGCGGCACCGUGUCCUUCCUGACGGCGGCCAACUCCUACAUGAGCGACGUGACCACCGAGGAGGCGCGGACGUCCCGCCUCGGCUUGGCCAACAGCAUCUGGUUCCUGGGCGGCCCCAUCGGCACCUUCAUCGGCACCUACAUCUACCAGGCGGGCGGCUACCAGGUGCUCUUCGGCACCUCGCUGUCCAUGUACCUGGUCUCGUGCGCCUACAUCAUCUUCCUGCUGCCGGAAAGCCACGGGCCCUUCGCCAACGUCAAGAAGCUCGAGAAGAUCCUGGCGCCGAAGCAGUCGCUGCGCCUGCGGGAGAGCAUCGUGUGGGUCUACGGCAUCGACAAGGAGAAGAAGCGAGACCUGAUGCACACCGAGAGCGUGAGGGAGCGGGCCAAGAAGAUCUCGCUGGUGCAGAUGGUCAAGGACUUCUUCAACCCUCGCCGCUUCCUCGACAGCUUCAGGUGCACCCUCAAGAAGCGGGAGGGCCACGUCAGGAUCUACAUUCUGCUCCUCAUCUUCAGCAAUCUCCUGCGCAAGCUCGGUCGAGGCGCCUACAUGUACCUCUUCACCCGCCACGUGCUGCACUGGCAGGCGAGCGACUACGGCAUCUGGGUCACCUACAAGAACCUUUUAGCUACUCUAGGCUCCCUGGUGGCCGUGCCCGUCCUCAGCGCCGGCCUCAAGGUGUCCGACAACGCGCUGGCCAUGGUGGGCGCCCUCUCCUCCGUCUUCGACUACAUCCUCUACGGCCUCGUCAGCGAAGAGACCUACUUCUUCAUGUGGCUUGCUCCUCUGGCGGCGCUCUUAGUAAACUCUUGUGCCAUUGCUAUCAGGGCGAUGCUAUCCAAAUACGUCACGUCAGAUGAAGUAGGUGAGUAUGACAUGAGUAUAAGGAAGACAUAA